UCCAGCAGUUCCAGCUCACCCGCUUAGAUCGGAUCCAAUUUCUGCCACAAGCCCCCUUUUCCACUUUAAUUUCCUCUGCCGCCACUUGUAUUCUUGGAUUGCCUCUGCCACAGCAUACCUCCAACCUUUUUUUUUUUAUUUUUUUAUUAUUUUUUUCAAUUAAAAAAAAAAGAAAAUAAUAAAAUAAAAUAAAAUCUUCUCGUUUUCCCGGUAUUAUAAUUUUCUCUGAGAAAACGCAGGAAAAUAUCAUUGAUGGCCUGAACCCUCAUUGAUUGUGUGGCGUUUGCGUAGAGUGUUGAACUGGGUUUGCUUAAAUGGGCAAUGUAACGUCGAAUGUUGCUGCGAAAUUCGCGUUUUUUCCACCAGACCCACCAACGUACGAUGUGAUCAGAGAGGAAGAUGGGAGGCUGGUGUUCUCCGGGCUCACCGCAGACAAGAACGUGGAUGUUCAUUUGCUUGAUACCAAGGGUGGAAGCAAGAUUGUAGCCACCUUCUGGAGACACCCUUUUGCCAGAUUCACGAUUUUGUACUCCCAUGGCAACGCUGCUGACCUGGGUCAGAUGCAGGAGCUAUUCAUUGAGCUCAGAGCUCACCUCCGUGUCAACAUCAUGAGCUAUGAUUAUUCUGGAUAUGGGGCUUCCACUGGUAAGCCAUCUGAGUUCAACACAUACUAUGACAUAGAAGCUGUAUACAAUUGUUUGAAGAGAGAAUAUGGACUUAAGCAAGAGGAUGUGAUUUUGUAUGGCCAAUCUGUUGGAAGUGGACCCACAUUACACUUGGCUUCUCGGUCACCAAAGUUGAGAGGUGUUGUUCUUCAUAGUGCCAUCCUUUCAGGCAUACGAGUCUUGUAUCCUGUAAAGAUGACAUUUUGGUUUGAUAUUUUCAAAAAUAUAGACAAAAUACGGCAAGUCAACUGCCCAGUUCUUGUAAUACAUGUGAGUUCCCCUUUUUUGCAGCUGAAUUUCUUUUAA